UAGCGUCAGUUUUUAUAAUUCUCUCAUGGGUUUUGGUUAGAUUUUGGGCCCAAGGUCCAUACUAGGCUGUCCAUGUUCGAAGAAACAGAAGUGAGAAGCCUAAUCGCCAGUGCUAGCUUACACGAAAGAGGAAAGAAACUCGCAUAACAGGAGAGUGGAGCUUGGAACGAUCCUCGGUGGUGAAAAUGGAGAAAGCGUUGAGAAUCUACGGAGAGGUGCUGAGGCUGGUGAGGCUGCUACCGAAGGAAACAAGACCUUACUAUGCCAAGUACGCUCGCGAGAACUUCGUCAAUUUCAGACAACUGGACGCCUCCGACGAUCCCAGUGAGCUUUUCCUCCGAGCCUACAACCAUUCCCUUUGGGUCCUCAAUAAGUAUUCUGUGGACGAAUCUGCUGCUGAUAAGCUCAAGGAGGCUUGCUUAGAUUAGCAUCUUUAUGCCUACCAACUGUUUGAUGUUUUGUCCCAAAGGGAACAUACAAUUUUUGUUUUUUUUUUUUUGUUUUUGGCUCUUCUAGCUAAUAAUGCCCUUUUAGUAUAGUUGGUGAGGAGUACGUAUUUGAACCAAAGGCUCUCUUUCUUUUGAAUACGUAACCAAAAUAUGGCAUCAUAACUUCUGCAAUGAUCCUAGGUGGAAAGUGAUUAUAACUA